UGUCCUCCCACCCAGCCAUCAGUACGUGGUUUCGACUUUAUUUCACUUUGUCGUGACUGGAUUGUCUCCUGCAGUGGAUUGUCCUUUGCACAUGGUCAAUUUCCUGUCGUUGUGGCGGUGGUUCUCUCCUUUGUGAAUUUAUCCUCCCUGCUUGCGCUCCAAUUCUCUCGACUGGGCCUUGUCACUAUUGGCGCAUCCGCUUCGGAGGUCAAGCAACCCUCGAUCACCAAAUUCUGACUUUGCCGGCUUAGAUUCUUUUAUUCGUCCGGGUUUCUCGCCAUCUUCUAAUAAUUUAUUCCCCAAUCACAAGCGCACGGUCGCGUCCUGUUAAUUCCAGGUGCUUCUAGCUUGGUCCCCUUUGAAGAACGAGAAGGCCCUUGGUUCUCGCGUCAAAGACAAAACUGCAGCAACGGCGCGACUCCGAAGCCAUGAGCGCAGACGAAGGCGGACCAGCUUCGAUGCCGGCCACAAACGGCGAACGCUACACGGCCACUCCUGAUCCAUCCGUGUUGGCGACGCCUGGCAAGCGAAAACGUGUAUCAAGUCAUGAUGACAAGUUAUCCCAAGACACCAACACAGCUACACCACAAGUAGAGGAGAAGGUCAAAUUGCAGGAAACCCUGCGUAACCUUGUUGAGAUAUUAAGCAAAAAUGACACCGAGCUUCAUCUUCUCUCCUGCCCAUUACCUUCAUCGCCCGUGAAACCCCGCUCAAAACGUGCGAAAGUGUCUGGAGAUAAGGAUGAAGGGGCGAGCAUACAAGCGCGAGUCGCGUCGGAUCGUUACAGCACUCUUUCCGAAUUUUUGGGCGAUAUCGAGAAGGCGUCGACAGCUGUGAUCGAAAGGAACAAAGCUCAAGCCAGUGGAACUCACACCGAUAGUACGCCUGUGACGGAAACGGUCAAUCGCAUUGCAGCGUUCAAAAAGCUGCUCAACAGUCUCGUUCGUCAAGCCUACGUGAGCCCGUCCAAUGUCAAGGCGGAAACAUCGGAAGAUGAUACAGAAACUUCCUCAAAGCCCGCGUCAACUGUAGAGGUUCGGAACGAUGGUCUAGUCCUAACAUUGUUCGGCAACCCUGCCAAUCCGAAGCAACUUUACUCAAGUCUGCAGAAAUCCGUCAAGGUUCCACUGUCUUCUGAUGACCCAGGAGCGAGAAAGUAUGUCGAAGUACAGACACCCCUGCGUGAAGUUGGCUUGCCAAACGGUAUUACAACCACAAAGGUCGUUCCCUACGAGGAUGAGAAAAAACCUAAAGAACCUAAGAGAACUUUCGGCGAGGUCUUUACGCCUCGAGCAACCCUGCCUCAACUAGAACCGCCACGCCGCCCCCGAUCUUCCUCUCGUGCUGCUCAGGUCAGCUGGAUUGACCCCUUUGAAGUGGUUACAAACUAUAAAGCCUUCCUUGGGGACCGCAAUAAUUAUGCCUUUGCGCAGCUUCCUUCCGGCACUUGGCUGCAGUAUGGGGGAGUUUCUUCCUCUCCUUCUUACUGGGGUCGCCGACAAAAGCAACAUUCAUCGCAGCAGCCAGCAGAUGAAAAGCUUCUUGAAGAUCCUAUUUUGUGGACUGAUGAAGAUUCUGCCGUCUUACAGGGCGUAUAUUCUUCAUUUGCUCCUUCCUUUGAUAGCUCUGGGGCCGUUGUACAAGCCGAUUCCAAGAACCUAGUGUGGUGGAGCAAACGGGGAGAAAAACGUCUAAAUACGUUGCUAUCAAUAUCCGAUCAGGAAAUAUCUGAGGAGGCACAAAUCGUCAAACCAGGAAGUAUCGGUGACCUUGACGAAAGUACGUUGGAAGAGAUGGUCAAGUCAUUUAAUCCAGAAGACUUCGUGGAUGCAUCCAUCUCAACCAAGACAGCGAAAAAGGAUCAGGAAGAACAAGCGGAUGAAACUUCCCAGGAAACAAACGAACUAUUGGCAGACAUCUCAGAUCUUCUAGAAACUCUCAGCUCCUAUCAGAAAAUUCGCAAUCUCGAGCUUUCAAGUCCAGGUAACAGAAGUGCUGAACCUAAGGAUUCGCAGCCUUCCCAAGCACCUUCAGACCAACCGUCUGAAGCGGAAAUAGCGGUUUAUGAUACCCUAAAAUCCAGUUUGUCCCUCAUGGUUUCAAAACUACCUCCAUUUGCCGUUGCGAAACUAAAUGGGGACCAAUUGGCCGAGCUCAACAUCAGCCAGAGGAUCCUGAUCGAAACUCCAGAUUACCAUGGCAGCAUGGAAAAGGAUGAUUACUCAAUUCAACAAGAACGGGCGGCGGCGGCGGCAGCAACUCCAGUGGCAAAUAGAACUUCGACGCCUUCACGUCCCGGUAAUUACCAGGCACAGUACAACCAACGUGCAUACAACGCUAAUGUUCGAAUUCAAUCUCAAGGGAACUUCCAAGCCCCACAGCCACAGCCACAGCCCUACUAUCAAUCAAGACAACCCUCGACUUCUGGGCCAUAUACACCGGGUAACCCACAGCCCUACGCAGGGGCCCGACCUCCGACCACACCUUCUCAGCGACCUGGGUACUUCCCCGGAUACGCACAACCCACCCCACAGUAUAACCAGGGCAAUCCAGUUCCACAAUUCCAGCGACCAGGGCCGAAUGGCUACAACCCCUAUACGGCACAGCCAGGUCCACCACCUGCUCAAGCGUCUCCGCAACCAUACACCCCACGUCCUGGACAACCAGCACCAUACAACGCCGCCGCACCUUACGGACCGGGGCGCAGCACUUCCCCCCAAAAGCAACCGGCCUACGUAACAUCCCGGCCGUCCUCCUAUAUGACACCGGGAUCUAACCCACAACAGCGAUUCAUGCAGCCCGCGCAGGCGCAUCAGCAGCCGCCUACCUACGCGAACUAUCCCCCUAAUCAAGCCGCAAACACGUAUUCCAACUCUGCUGCAGCUAUGACUUAUGCCAGGAGCGCUGCCGAGCAAGCUGUACUCAUGGAUCGAAACAAGGCCCAGCUCGCCGCAGCGACACAGAGCUCCUCGUCAACGCCACAGCCUCCUAUUGACCUCCGCAGCUCUCAAGACCGGAGUGUCACCCCUGGAAACAAGCAGAACGGUACUCCAUUACCUACAUGAACCAGUUUGUUCCAUUAAGGUCUCACCUUUUUUUGUCUUUCCAUUUUAUCAACAUUGGUCUUUUUUUUUUUUUUUUUUUUUUUUUUUGCAGAAAUAAAG